UUCUCUUUUGUUUUUGCUAGCUGGUCGUGCUAGUGCUUUGAUUUGCGGCUAUCCUUCCUCUAAGGCCUCCUAAUGGCAGCAAACCCAAACGGAAGCAGUGCCUCCCUCCAGGUUCCUGGCCUUUCAGGCUAUGGUGGAAGUCGCCGAGGAAGCGAUGGCACAUCUACCAAUCCAUCCGACUUCAUUUUUAGUGCAGGAGAUUCUUUCGCCGAGGUUUCGCAGCCUACAUCCUUGCCUUCGAUCCCGAACUAUUCGCCGUCCCCACAAUUAGAUCACCUUAUCUACGAGCUUCAAUUCUUCGACUUAAGAUUCAAUGAUUUUUCGCUCCAAUAUACCACGGACCAGUUGCAUCGUGUAAGAGGUCUUCUCCAAACCUGCUUGAUCAGAGUGGAAGCCACCAUCGGAUCGUACACCAUGCCCCAGAGUCUGGCUGUUAUGCCGCCUGCCUCUACCAGUAUAUCCAACCAGCCUGACCGAUAUCGUUGCUUGCUAUGCCCCGAAGAGAAACAGUGGGUAUACCGAAGUAUAGGGACUUUCAAGCGCCACGUGGAAGACAAGCAUUGUCCUAGAUAUCAAUAUCGCUGCCAUGUACCUGGUUGUACAGUCAAAUUGUACCGAAAGGACAAGAUGAGGCAGCAUCGGUCGAGAUCAACAGGCCACAUCAUGUCAGCAACGCUCUCCUCCGGCAUGACAGGGCCCUCAAGAGUACAAAUGCCGACUCCAAGGGCGUGCUGGCGUUGUCCGAGAACAGUAAGUUCUUGGAAUGAAUGGUUUGAGUGCAUAGCCAAUCAUUGUCGCAUACCUUCCACGGAAAGCGAUUUCUCGAGCAGGAGAGGAAGUCGUGACCAUGGUAACAACAAUGGCAACAACGGUGGCUCGGGCGGCGGAGAUGGAAACAUUUUCGAUAAAGAAUUUCAAGAUCAUUUUACUGGGGGAAUGGGAGCGCAGUUUUUGUCUUUUCUUGGUACUGGCGCUUCAGGCACCGGUUGCAACUUUCGCUGUGUUGCGGAGGCCCAUGACACUAGCGGAGAGGGGACACCUGAGAAUGGCACAAGCCCGGAUAUGUCAUUGUCGCCAGGCUCUGACGCGGAAAGUCCGUUUUUCUCCUUUGAAGAAUCGGAGCCGCGAUCUCCAGGUUCCGGCUUGCUUCAUACUGGAGAACUACCGUCAGCCAAUCCCUGUUCUCGACCAAGUAACAUUGACCCCCCUGUUUCCGAAACGAGGAGACCAUCCCCAGCGGAAACGAGGUUCUUGGACAAUAUUUCUCUAGACCAAGCUCAUGCCGAACAAGCACUCGCGCACGAGUCCAGAGACGCUUGUUCCCAAACUGAAGCCUCAGCCUUGACACAUAUCGCCAAGAACGAACGGCGUCCUAAGCUGCGAGAGAAAACAAAUAUCAUCAGGCAAUUGCUUGUGCUUCAGUCCGCUGCUGCUGCACGCUCUCGACGAGUGACCGAAGUGACCGAAGACGUCGAUAUAUCCGUCUUGGAUCCGAAACCGAAUCUCACUUGGCUACCAAAACCUGCUGUUGGCUCUAUCGUCCUUGAACCCCAGUGGCUCUUGAAGCAAUUUAUUGAGCCCUUUCUAGCUGAAUGCGAGACUAGCGAAAAGCCAUCUGCAUUCUGGCUUGCUGCCUCCCGCUUUUUGGAAUCAAUUGUGAUUCAUGAGUGAUGUUGAUGAUAAAACUGGGGUUACUUUAUAUGUUUUGUAACGAGAAACGACGAAUAAUGAUGUACUGCUUUCUUUCGGAUUUACCUGCUAUGCUUUUGUUUACAGUGAUCAUGCCUAUUAUGGCUUUUAUAUCGUUUUUUAUCAUAUCUUUGAUUCCAUACCAUGACAUACAAUGCUGUUUAUGCUAGGGUUAAUAUUAUGGAUCAAAUGACUAUCUAUGGCUAUGGAUGCAUUUAAUGGGGUUUUUUUGUGGGGCCUCUGAAUUCUUCUUGUUCGGCUUUUAUUAUUUGGGUAUUAUAGUAAAAUUACUACUAUAGAACAUACCAUUGUUUACAAGACUGC